AUGCUCACAGAAUUUCUUCUGGUAUAUCUUUGUGUGAUAUUGCCGAAUCCAGUAAAUGGAAUUGGCAUCGGCGAACUUCUUCCGGAGAAUUGGCGAUCUCCUUGGGAGCAAACAUAUUAUGAAGAUGGAGAUCCGGUGGAUUUAUUGGUAAACUCAGUGGAAUCAGAAAAUACGCAGCUUCCAUAUGCGUAUUAUCAUCUUCCGUUUGUUUGCCCACCAAAGCCUGAAACAAGACCUGUCCAGCUUUCCCUGGGUGAGGUUUUGAAUGGGGAUCGUCUAUGGAUGUCCGACUACCAAUUAAAAUUUGGAAUUGAUGAACCAUGUUUAAGACUUUGUGACAGAAUAACAAAGCCACACGCGGUGAAAAUGGCAUCUGAUCUUAUCAAAAAGGAUUAUACGAUCAAUUGGUGGAUCGAUGGCAUUCCUGGAUCCACAACUCUCAUUAAGCCAAGAACACGAACAGAUCCCGCUAAGAAAUUUUAUGCGCCUGGCUUCAGACUUGGUUUUGUAGAAGAUGGCAUGUCAUAUCUUCAUAAUCAUGUUAUGAUUGUCAUAAGAUGGCAUGCACAACGCCAUGAUGGUUCAAAGAAGACAAUUGUUGGCUUUGAGGUUUAUCCCAAAUCUGUUUCUGAUGCACAUUGUCCGGGUGCAUCCCACGAUUUUGCUAAUUUCGCUUUGGAUCCAAAUACGAAAGAAAAGACAGUGAUUCCAUUUACAUAUUCGAUUUAUUGGCGGGAAGAUCCAUUCUUAGACUAUGAAAGUAGGUAUAGUCUAUAUGUUGAUCCAAGCUCAAAUGGAAAUGAAGGUAGAAUGCACUGGUUUGCAAUAGUAAAUUCCUUAGUUCUCGUUUCUUUGAUUUCAAUGUUUGCAGCAGUGGUGCUUCUUAAAACGCUUCAUUCGAGUGACGCUUCGAAUGAUUCCAUCUGGCAAAAAAUUGUCAAUGAAGUUUUUCUUCAAGGUGAUAUGACAUCGGAACUUUGCGUACUUGCAGGUACCGGCGUGCAGCUUAUUUUUACUAUUGCUGGUAUUUGCUUGUUGCUCUCAAGUCAGUCUGCACCUCCUUCACACUCUGUUUUAUCUGCGGCGAUGACAUUGUUUGUUUUUGCUGGCUUUUUUGCUGGCUUUUCGAGCGUGCAAUUCUAUAAGCAUUUUACUGCGCAUCCGAAAUAUUAUUCAUCGUUGAAAAUUGCGUUUCUUUCUGGUUCGUUCCUUACAGGGUUGUGCUCCAUUGUUCUGCUUCUUUGCAAUUUGUUUACAUUUGAAAAGCAAUCUUCAAGAACCGUUAAUUUUGGUACUGUUCUAAUUCUCGUUUCUAUUUACGUUCUUCUACAAGUUCCGAUUAGUCUUGCGGGAGGAAUUUUGUCAAACAAUGUGGAUUUGUUUGCUUUGUUGUUGAAGGACAGAGUUUUAAUUCAAACAGAGACCAGUCCAACUACUAGCAGAGCCAUACCUCCUCAAUCAAAAUUGCUUAAAUGGAAGUACUUGCUACCAAUAUGUGGGUUGAUUCCAUUUUCUAUCAUAUUUAUUGAGAUGAUUUACAUGUACAAAUCCUUAUUUGUGAACAAGUCAUCGGUAGCAGCAACGUCAUCUAAUUCGAUGUACAUCUUUUUGACGAUUACAACCAUAUUGCUAUCCAUAGUUGUGGCUGAGAUAUCCAUUAUUACCACAUAUUUGAGACUCGAUGGAGGGGAUUAUAAAAAUUGGCAAUGGAAAUCAUUUAUUACUUCUGCUGGCUCCAUUUUCUUAUAUCUAACAAUUUAUACCUUCUAUUAUCUUUCUAGGAUGAAGAUGGUAGAUGCCGUUUCUCCCAUACUAUAUGUGAUAUAUUCUAUGAUGCUGAAUGUGAUUGUGUCGAUAGCGUGUGGUUCGCUGGGAUUAAUUUCCUCUUCCUGGUUUGUAUAUGCUAUAUACACAUCGGUGAAGAAUGAUUAA